AUGCCUCCGCCAUUGCCGCCGCUCGGCGCGGCUCCUGCGUGCGCGCGGUCGCUGGCGGAGCUCCUGGUCGCCCUCUCCGCCGCCCGCGCACUCCCCAAAGGGCAGCAGCUCCACGGCCACCUCCUCAAGGCCGGCCACCUCCCCGCCGCCGCCUCCUCCCACGCGCUGCUCGCCCACCACCUCCUCACCUUCUACGCCCGCUGCUCGCUCCCCGACCUCUCCCUCCGCGCCUUCCUCGACCUCCCCGCCCCGCCCUCCGCCGCCGCCUGGUCCUCCCUCAUUUCCUCCUUCGCCCAGAACGGCCUCCCCGCCGCCGCCUUCCACGCCUUCCGCCGCAUGCUCGCCGCCGGCGUCCCACCCACCGACCGCUCCAUCCCCUCCGCCGCCAAGGCCGUCGCCGCCGCCGCCGACUCGUCGCGCCCCGCGCUCGCCCCGCACGCGCUCCACGGCCUCGCCUCCAAGACGCCCUUCGCCGCCGACGUCUUCGUCGGGUCCGCCCUCCUCGACAUGUACGCCAAGUGCGGCAACCUCCCCGACGCCAGCAGGCUGUUCGACGAAAUGCCGGACCGGAACGUCGUCUCCUGGUCCGCGCUCAUCGGCGGCUACGCGGACGCCGGGAUGCACCAUGCGUCCCUGCUCAUCUUCCGCUCCGCCCUCGCGGAGGCCGUGCAGGUCAACGACUUCACCGUCUCCUGCAUCGUCCGCGUCUGCGCCGCGGCGACACUCUUCGAGCUCGGGGCUCAGGUGCACGCCCGGUCCAUCAAAACAGCGCUCGACGCGUCGCCGUUCGUCGGCAGCUCGCUCGUUUCGCUCUACUCAAAGUGCGGCCUCGUCGACUGCGCUUACCGGGUGUUCAGCGCAGCGUCCGAGAGAAACCUCGGGAUCUGGAACGCGGUGCUUAUCGCGUCUGCGCAGCACGGCCACACCGCCAUGGCGUUCCAGCGUUUCACGGAGAUGCAGACCGCCGGGUUCCGCCCCAACUACAUCACCUUCCUGUGCCUGCUCAGCGCGUGCAGCCACGCUGGUCUCGUGGACCAGGGCAAGCGCUACUUCUCCCUCAUGAAGAAAGAACACAGCAUCGAGCCGCAGGCCGAGCAUUACGCCGCGAUGGUCGACCUGCUUGGCCGCGUAGGACGUAUACCUGAAGCGCUGGACCUUAUUGAGUCGAUGCCCAUGGAACCGCCUGACUCUGUUUGGGGCGCGCUCCUCAUGGCAUGCCGCAUGUUCAAGGACGCCGACACCGCGGCGAUCGCUGCGAAGCGGCUCUUUGAGACUGGCUCCCGCAGCUCUGGCGCGCACAUGCUCCUGUCAAGCACGUAUGCAGCUGCGGGAAGGCACGUCGAUGCAGCGCUCGCAAGGAAGGCGAUGCGUGAUGCGGGCGUGCGGAAGGAGACUGGACUUAGCUGGCUUGAGGCUGCAGGGGAGGUGCAUACCUUUGUGUCCAACUGCAGGAGACACCCGAGAAGCACCGAAAUCUAUAGCUUGCUGGAGAAAGUAGGCGCGAAGAUGGAGGCCGCUGGUUAUGUGGCAGACACCGCUGCGGUGGUUAAGGAUGUCGACAGGGAUGAGAAGCGUGCCACGCUGGGGUAUCACAGCGAAAGGCUAGCGAUUGGGUUGGGGCUUUUGAUUGUUCCGGAAGGCGUGCCGAUCCGAGUUAUGAAGAACUUACGAGUGUGUGAUGAUUGUCACAAUGCAGUUAAGUAUCUCAGCAAGUGUACUGGAAGAGUUGUGGUUCUCAGAGAUAACCGCCGGUUCCACCGGUUUGAAGAUGGGGUGUGUUCUUGUGGGGAUUUCUGGUGAUAUAUAUCCUGAUCCACAACAUUCUUUUUUCACACAAUGCCCUUCUUGGACAUUUGCUUCAUAUGGAUUCAUCAACACAGAGUC